GUACAUUCUAGUUAGAAAACAAAGAUCCAUUAGCUGGGCUGUCAAUUUCAUGUAUACGCUGCUGCGCUGACGUUCUGCAAAAAAAUUCUUUUUAUUUAACUUGGAUACAAACUACAUAAUUUGAUUUCACCUUGUCAAUAAUUUCCAAAUUACUUUCAAGAAACUACAGAACUUGAGAUACUUAUCACCGUCCACAAGAUCAUGGGCCAUUCUCUGCAAAAGAAGUUGCAGUUAAACAAAUUUCUACUGGUAUUGGUGCUGGUCGGCUUCGCUCUCAUCACGACGUACAGCUUUCUGCUCCAUGAGAAUGUCACCACGGAGGCGUCGCCGAGCUCGCCCGUCCAGCACAUCAUGUUCCUGAAGACACACAAAUGCGCUUCGUCAUCAGUGCAGAACAUGUUUCUUCGGUACGCUUACAACCACAACCUCACACUUGCUCUUCCCGCAUCACUAAACUACUUAGGAAAUCCUUUACUAUUUCAGUCCGGCUUCAUCCCCAAACCCCUGUUGCCGAGCAAAGGUGUGGUGGACAUUUUUGCGGUGCACUCGCGCCUCAACCUUCCAGAGCACAGAAAAGUUCUGCAUCCAGACUCGGUGUUCAUCACAGUCGUCCGGGAUCCCGUGAAUCUCUUCGAAAGUUUAUACAAUUAUUUCUACCUUAAAUACUACUAUGACUUGACUCUCGCCCAGUACAUGGAAUUGCCAUUUGGAAGUCAAUUCGACAUGUACAGAGCAGCAGAAAAGUUCGGCCCCGAUAUGAUGUUGUUCGACUUGGGCUACACAGUGAAAGCCAAUACAACUGACCGUGAGUUUACAGAGAUCAUCAAUGAAGUGGACAAAAUUUUCGAUCUUGUUAUGAUUGCGGAGAGGAUCGACGAAAGUCUCAUUCUCAUGAAAAAAUUACUCAAUUGGGAAUAUGAAGAUAUAGUAUUUUAUAAUAAGAAUGCGAGACGUCGCAGUUACAAACAGAAACUCACGCAAAAGUUACGAGAAAAGAUACGUAAACUGAACAAGGGAGACCAGUUGUUAUACGAUCAUUUCCUACUUCGGCACGAAGAAGCCGUCCGCAACUACGGAACAGAAAAGAUGGCAGAGGAGGUGGAGCUGCUCCGGGUAGCGCGGGACGAUAUAUUCGGACAAUGCAAAAUGAAGAAAUUCGAAGGUCGUCCACCGAAUAAAAUUUUCCAAGAAUAUUCUAUAUUAGUCGAAACUUUUACGAUUGAGGAUUUGACGGAUGAAAACUGCUUAAUGCUUUCCCUCCCAGAAUUACAGUUGUUAGAUUUCGUUCGAGCGUAUCAAACUAAAAUGUUGAAAAAUACGUGAUUAGAGACUAGAAUGCCUUUGUUUCAGUGUUUAAUUUACGUGUCAUAUACCUCAGUAUUGUAAACGGAUCGCACUGCUUUAGGUCACUUUAAUGGCUGUAUGACUUUAAUACAAAUCUUGAACACCCCUUAGCCUUAUAUAUCCGAAUUAAAGCUGGUAUACACUGCGAUAUGUGUGAUUAAAGAAUGUUUAUG